AUGCUGAAUGUGCUCAGUCUCACCCAUUGCUGCAUUGCUGCCCUCGACUGCUCUAUCGUAGCGGGCUACUAUCAUAGGCACGAGUUCAGGUUGCGGAAUCCGAACGAGAGCGUCGCAGCGGGCAUCGUCGGGCCCAUGGGCAGCAGGAGCUUCAGCCUGCCAAACGUUGAGCACUCACUGACCGAGAUGGAGGGCGGUGUCGGCGGUGCUGGCGGCGGUACCGCCGCGCUCGGCAUGAGCGUGAGCGGGGACGCCGCGCGGAAGCUUGGGCGCCGAGCAACGGGGCGCCCGCCCUCGACGCUCACUGUCCCGUCCGCCGGUGGCGCAGGGCGCUCGAGUGCACCGUUGCCGACGCCGUUUUCUGUGGGCUCACCAAGUCCCACAGGCGGGCACUGGACGCAGCAUGAGGUACUGCAAAACUUCUUGCUGAGCUUGCUGAGUUCGACGGACCGCACUGGCACAUCUGGGAGGGCAGCGUCGCCCAAGGCCAAUAGCAAUAUAACAGCAAGCGUGAACGUGAGUGCGAGUGAAAUGGGUGAGGAGAGUUGA